AUGGAUGGAAACUCACUGGCUCGACUUUUACAAUUAAAAUCUGAGUAUAGCUUUGAUGAGCUUUCAAAGAGACCUAUCUUCCGCAUAUUUUCAACUAAAUCUGAGCCUUAUUCUUCUCUUAAUUUUAAUCUCAUUGAAUGUGGCUUCUGCCUAUUGGUAAAGCAGUCAUCAAGGAUAAAAUAGGGUUCAGUCGGUUAAGCUGGUUUGGAUUGGGAUGAGAAAAGGAUCGAUACCAUCUUGCUCCUAUUUGGCCCCUAGACCAAGGGGCAUCGAAGUCUUCGGUCUUCCUCUUGGGUGAACUCCUUGCCUUGAGGCGCCAGUGUCGAGUGUACGGACUAAAAAACUGCUUUGGUGAACGAAGGUUGUCUGCAAAAAAAAUCGCAAAAAAUGGAAUUUCUGGCCACAUCAAGCAAAAAGGAAAAAUUGGUAGCUCACGGCAUAAUUCCAGGUUAUACUCUAAGGAUUUUCCCCGAUUGUUCGGGCAUUGCCUGCAGACUUUGCUGGGUUUCCCCUUCCCUUUCCAUCCCUUUCUUUCGCAGUAAAGUCCAACUCUGAAAGUAGUACUUGGGCUAGGCUCCGAAACGACAUGAAAUUGCUUACCUAUCAUUAAUAUCCAUUUCUAAAUUGGUAAAAAAUUUGCUGGAUAUAAUUAAAAAUAUAAACUCAAAUCUAGGCCAUGCCUAGGCUGAUACGCCAUAUUUUAAUCACCUUAUUCUUAUCAAUCUCCGUCCAGAAGCGAGUCGCUUUAUUAUAUUGACAACACCAAAAUUCUAGAAUUGGUAGGGACUGGCUAUGGCCAAAAAAUUGGGCUUGAUGAUAACAGCAAGACCUGGUUUGUCGAGCUAUGAAUCAAUAAAUUAGUCAUAAAAAUCUGGAAAAGCCCUGAUCGCGAAUGGGGAGAGAUAAUACAGCCAGAAAAUUCAGGAAUGACUACAGAAAAAUGGAAUUUCCUUUCUAAUGAAAAAAGCUACGAAAUGUUCCAUGUAGAGGAUAAUAAUGAUUAUGGGCACAAAUGGGGAAAAAAUGAUGAUUCUGAAUGGAAAGAAAUUUGGCAUACAAGGCCUAAUAGCAAAUUUUUGGAAAAGUACUGAAUUACUAGAGAUAAAAAAUGGGGAGAAAAAGAAGGCAAAGAAAAUAAUAGAGUAUGGGGCGAAAAAUGGGAGGAAACUGCUGAGUUUAGAGAAGUUACGGCUUGGAAUGAGGAAAACGAGAGAAAAUGGGGUAAGACAGAAGGAAAGAAGGGGGAUUUUAGCUGGAAUGAAGAGUGGUCAAUCGAAAAUGAAAGAAAAUUCAAUAAUAAGUGGUGGUCUGAUGGACCCAAGAAAUGGGGCACAAAAUCAACAGUUGAAGGGGUUUCAGAAGCACAUGAAGAAUGGGAAGAAAUAUAUCAAUUUAACACAAAUGCCACUCUGCAAUACUAAUAGUCAGAGCUUAUUUCUAUAGAAAAAUACUUACAAAUCUUAAAAAUCAUUUCAUUUAUACCUUAAUAAGCAUAGGCUCUUCAAAGAAAAUAAAAAUUACAUAUGAUGACGGCUUUGGACAUAAAACAAUAACUACAGAAAAUAGAUAAGAGAAAGAUUAUUUACGGGCUUUUUUUCAGGCCAUUCCCAAUUAAAAAAUUUCUUAAGAGUCUUGUCAAAAAGCUUGGAAAUUUUCAGUCUUCUUUUCUGGUGACGUUAUCACAAAUUGGUGAUGUCGCCAUCUCUAUAGGAGAUGUCUACUCCUUUUGAAUCCAAGAUCUAGAGGCCUCAAGUCCUACUUCAGAGGGAUGAUCAGCUAGGAAUGAUUCUCUAGGCCCUCAUUCACCUCCUUAGCUUACACAAAGCCUCCUAGCAUCCUUUAUUUUGUGAAGUCACCUUGGAUUUGCGGCUGCACAACUUAGGGGCCAGUAAAAACCCAAUUAAGCUUUCAAAAUUCUCCCCGAAUUCUGCAAGAUAUGGACACUAGGCCAGCGACUCCAGGAGUGGGUCAACUUUUACCCAAAAUGUGCAAAAAAAUGAAAGUAUAACUACAGAAGGAUACGGCGAUGAUUAUAAAUACAAAGACGAGUUCACUGAAGAUGUAAGCACAGGCGAAAUGAUGACCCAAAAACAAGGCCACAGCGGCAAAGAAACGUGGAGCAGCAUAGUCAAGCAGUCUCCAGGCAAAUUUUAUGUCCACAACAUUGGGCAAGACUCAAAUUCCUCUUGGGAAGAAACUUGGCACGAAGAAUCCGGCUUGAAAUGGGCCCGCAAAAAAGGAAACAGCUCUGCCUGGGGCUCUUGGGAAGAAUACUGAAAAGAAACCCCAGGCCUUAAAGAGUGCAGAAAAUGGGGCAGAAAAGAUGACGAGUGGCUUGAAGAAUGAAAAGAAGAACCGUCUAAAAAAUACUGCAGAAAAGAACAAAAGAAAGACGGCAAAAUUUAUGUCCAAGAAUGAAACGAAACCUACGAAGACGGAAAAAUGAUCACAAAAGGAAAUUUCCUUGAAGAUGGCGUCACAGUAAAAGAGUGGGAUGAUAUUAUUAUCCCUUUACAAUUUUAA